CUUCAUUAGCGCCGCGCUCGGCUGGCGGCUGUAAUUAACGAAGCGCUCUUAACGACCCCCUCGGUUGCUCGGCCCUUGCCGGUGCCGCCUCGGAGCUCGCGGGCGAGGCAGCGCGGGGAGCAGGAGGGACGGGAAGGGGACGCUGUGGUGGAUGCAGGACGGAGCGGGGUGAGGGAAGCCAGGGAUCUUCAUGGAGCUGGGAGUGAUCCCGGAGUGAGGGAAUGAGAAUCAGGGAUCCUCAUGGAGCUGGGAGUGAUCCCGGAGUGAGGGAAUGAGAAUCAGGGAUCCUCAUGGAGCUGGGAGUGAUCCUGGAGUGGAGGGGAGUGAUGGUCAGGGAUCCUCAUGGAAUGAGGGUCAGGGAUCCUCACGGAGCUGGGAGUGAUCCCGGAGUGAGGGGAGUGAUGGUCAGGGAUCCUCAUGGAAUGAGGGUCAGGGAUCCUGGUGGAGCUGGGAGUGAUCCCGGAGUGAGGGGAUGAGAAUCAGGGAUCCUCAUGGAGCUGGGAGUGAUCCCGGAGUGAGGGGAGUGAUGGUCAGGGAUCCUCAUGGAGCUGGGAGUGAUCCCGGAGUGAGGGGAUGAUGGUCAGGGAUCCUCAUGGAGCUGGGAGUGAUCCUGGAGUGAGGGGAGUGAUGGUCAGGGAUCCUCAUGGAAUGAGGGUCAGGGAUCCCAUGGAAUGAGGGUUAGGGAUCCUGGUGGAGCUGGGAGUGAUCCCGGAGUGAGGGGAGUGAUGGUCAGGGAUCCUCAUGGAAUGAGGGUCAGGCAUCCCAUGGAGUGAGGAGAUGAAGGUCAGGGAUCCCAUGGAAUGAAGGUCAGGGAUCCCAUGGAAUGAGGAGAUGAAGGUCAGGGAUCCCAUGGAAUGAAGGUCAGGGAUCCCAUGGAAUGAAGGUCAGGGAUCUCCUGGUGGAGCAGGAAGCCCAUGGCUCCUCUCCCAUGGAAUGCUGGAGGUGAUGUCCUCUCCGCUGAGAAUUCCGGUGGCCCGAGCGUUCCUGGCUCGGAUGUGGGUGGCAUUUGGAGCCUCCGGUGUCCUUGGUGGCCUCCUGGCCACCUCGUGGUCUCAGCGGGAAGAGUCGGGAAUUUGCCAGAAUUUGGGAUCAGCCUGGACUGCUCUUCCCACCCCAGCAGGGAGAUCCUAAUCCCGAUGGAUCCCAGAGAUCUCCAGCCUUUCCCACCGACAUCCUGAUGGUUCUCAAUCCCUUGGGAAUGGUCCUGUGGAGAUCCCAGGUUCUCCAUCCCUUGGGAAUGCUCCUGCUGAGCUUUUCCUUUGGGAAUGGUCCUGUGGAGAUCCCAGGAUCCCCAUUCCCUGGGAAUGGUGCUGUGGAGGUUCUCCAGGUUCUGCAUCCCUUGGGAAUGGUGCUGUGGAGAUCCCAGGUUCUCCAUCCCUUGGGAAUGGUCCUGUGGAGAUCCCAGGUUCUCCAUCCCUUGGGAAUGCUCCUGCUGAGCUUUUCCUUUGGGAAUGGUCCUGUGGAGAUCCCAGGAUCCCCAUUCCCUGGGAAUGGUGCUGUGGAGAUCCCAGGACCCCCAUUCCCUGGGAAUGGUGCUGUGGAGAUCCCAGGUUCUCCAUCCCUUGGGAAUGGUCCUGUGGAGAUCCCAGGUUCUCCAUCCCUUGGGAAUGAUCCUGUGGAGAUCCCAGGAUCCCCAUUCCCUGGGAAUGGUGCUGUGGAGGUUCUCCAGGUUCUGCAUCCCUUGGGAAUGGUGCUGUGGAGGUUCUCCAGGUUCUCCAUCCCUUGGGAAUGGUCCUGUGGAGAUCCCAGGUUCUCCAUCCCUUGGGAAUGGUCCUGUGGAGAUCCCAGGAUCCCCAUUCCCUGGGAAUGGUGCUGUGGAGGUUCUCCAGGUUCUGCAUCCCUUGGGAAUGGUGCUGUGGAGGUUCUCCAGGUUCUCCAUCCCUUGGGAAUGGUCCUGUGGAGAUCCCAGGUUCUCCAUCCCUUGGGAAUCCUCCUGCUGAGCUUUUCCCUUGGGAAUGGUGCUGUGGAGAUCCCAGGAUCCCCAUUCCCUGGGAAUGGUGCUGUGGAGGUUCUCCAGGUUCUCCAUCCCUUGGGAAUGGUGCUGUGGAGGUUCUCCAGGUUCUCCAUCCCUUGCGAUUGGUCCUGUGGAGGUUCUCCAGUUUCUCCAUCCCUUGGGAAUCCUCCUGCUGAGCUUUUCCCUUGGGAAUGGUCCUGUGGAGAUCCCGGGAUCCCCAUUCCCUGGGAAUGGUGCUGUGGAGAUUCUCCAGGUUCUCCAUCCCUUGGGAAUGCUCCUGCUGAGGUUCCCCAUCCCACGGGAAUUCUCCCCGUAGCACCCCCGGCUGUGAGGGGCCGCAGGAGCCGCUGGCUCCUCUCCGUGUCCGUGCGAUCCCGGGAUCAGCUGGGAGGGAGGGAGGACAAGGCCGCUCGGAGCCGAUCCGCGACGGAAACUCGGAUUUAUUCCUCUCCUUCCGCUCCUUUUUUUGGUGUUCUUCGGGUUCUUGUUGGUUCCCGUUGCCGGGUUCGGAAUGCCGGCUUCGGAAUGCCGGCUUCAAUCCCGCUCCCGUUCCGACCUCGCGCAAACUCUGCCGAGACCUCGAGGGCUCCGCUGGCCCGGCCCGAUUUCCGUUCAUGAGGAAUCGUUGAACCUGUUCUGCCCAUGAAAAUCGAAGCUGCCCUCGUGUUCCCCGUCCCGAACCGUGGCCUUAGGGAAGCAGAAUUCCUUAAAAAAACGGGAGGGGGGGAGGGCAGGGCAGGGAGGGGGGAACGGAGGGAAAAAUCCCCAGGGAAAUGGAAGGAUCCUAAAGAUCAAACCCUAAAGGUUCAGUCCCAAGGAUUCCAUCCUGAGGGUUCAAUCCUGAGGGUUCAAUCCCAAGGGUUCAAUCCCAAGGAUUCCAUCCUGAGGGUUCAGUCCUGAGGGUUCAAUCCCAAGGAUUCCAUCCUGAGGGUUCAAUCCUGAGGGUUCAAUCCCAAGGAUUCCAUCCUGAGGGUUCAGUCCUGAGGAUUGAAUCCCAUGGAUUCA